AUGACUCGAGAAGAGGAGGUAUUGGAUCUGGGAAAACGAUGGUAUGAGCGGCCACUCCCUCUACGGGUAUGCAGCCUGAAGGAAGUGGCCAACGACACCACAACGAAGGAGGAGAUGGAUGCCAUGUUCAGUGAAGCGCGGGAUAUACUCAACCAAGCUACCAACAGGGGUCACUCAGACAAGGGGCGGUGGUACAACACACAGUUUAUCUCACGCGGUACAACUUCGGACAAAAUCGCUUCUGCUGCCGUAAAGUUGAGUGACACGGACUUUAUGUUCUUUCUUGAAGGUUUUAAUCUUCUGUUUGACACCGCUCGUACGGAUACCCACCACUACGAGGCCGCACUGAAAGCACUUGCAGUCAUUUGGACGAAGCUAAUGCCCCGGCGGCCACUGAAGCGGUUUUUUUCCCAGUUCUUUGCCACGCUGCCAGCGAACCCCGCGGAUAGGAAAGUUGUUCUUGUAUAUUGGUAUCUCGAGGAUUACCUGAAGCGCACAUAUGCGCAGUUUCUUUCGCUCGCAGAGGCGAUGCUGAAGGAUCGUCUGCAGCAGCGUCGCGAAGCAUGGUUAGAUGUGGUUGGAAAGCUUAUAUGUAACGUUGCCGAGAGCCGCCACGUAGCGAUGGCAUUAAUGGUGGAUAAGUUGGGAGAUCCGGCGGCACGUGUUGCGCACAAUGCCUACCAUCACCUGCUUGCCCUUCUGCGUGACUCUUCCAUUCAUCAGGGGGUACUCUUUGUCGAACUUGAGAAGGUAAUUUUUAUGAAGAACUGCCCCAAAUCCACAAUGAAAUAUGCAACCAACGUUAUGAAUCAGUUCGUUUACAAUAAGGAUGAACGGAAACUUGCCUUAAAAGCUAUCCAAACAUAUCUUUCCAUUUUCCGUCAGCUGGCAAUCAGUGGUUCUGUGGAUCUCUCCGUGACGACAGCUACCAUCGUUGGCCUUCGGCGUGCCUUUCCUUAUGCUGGCACAGAUGUUGCCUCGCUAGAGGAGCACCUUAACGCACUAUUUGUCAUCGCUAACACCGGGAACUUUACACAGCGUGUCACUACGAUGUCCUUACUGCAGCUUGUCGCACUUGGGAAAAGCGCUACGGAGGAGUUUCGUAACCGUUGGUACAGGGCUCUGUACAAGCUACUGCUCAUUUCACCAAAGCAGGUAUCUCACUCUGCUCACAUAACGGGUUUCUUCUCGAUGCUGCAUAAAGCAGUGCGCUUGGACACUAAUGACGACAGAAUAGCAGCAUUCAUUCAUCGCCUUCUCCAGCGGGCAUUGUUUUUCCAUGAAUCAAUGAUAUGCGCCAUUCUUUUGUUGGUUGGUGACGUGCUGCAAGCUCACCCUCGUCUCCGCUCAGUAAUCUUGGGAUCCCGCAGACCGCCGGUCGUACCAGCAGAGGAGCGUUAUGACGUGAAACAUCGCGAACCGCAGUAUGCGCGGGCAAAGAACGAGUGCUUGUACACACUGGGUGUCCUGGCGCGCCAUUCGCAUCCCUCCGUAGUACAGUUGGCUGUGAUGUUACUUUUCGGUGAGGAAAUUAUUUUUGACAGCCACCCUCUAGAUGAGCUCACACUAAUAAACUUCCUGCAAAUGUUUGUGGAUGCGAAGGCCCACACCCAGCAUGGGAUAGACAGCGACGUAGCCGCGGCCGAAGCCGUAGGUAAGGCGGGGUCCUCAGUGUUCCGUCGCGCAACUCACCGGGCGAACCUCCCCAGCGCAUCGGAUCCUUUUUUUAUCAACUCAAGCGUCCAACAAGUUGAUGUGUCGGCGUUAUUUCUUCACCGCUACGCCGUGCAACGUCAACGCUUCAUUGAUGGCCUUUCCCGGGUGCGGUCCACGUGGGGUGACGCGAGUGGCGAGGCGGACGUGGCACUCCGCGUGUCGGAUGUGGACGCAUCACUUUUUGGACCUUCUGGCGUGCUUGGGGAUCCAGCAGUAUCCAAGAAAAAGAAUAAGCGUGCAAAGAAGAAGAAGGAACGGUUGAAAGAGAAACUUAAGGAAGGAGCUGUGCUCGACGAGUGUGUGGAGGCCAUUGGUAGCGAAGAGGUUGAAGGCGGCGAGGAUAAUUUUUUCGAUAUGGAAGGUAGUGAAGGCGACUUGGAGUGGGGAAGCGGGGAUGAGGGAGUAAUGAUGGACGAUGAUGAGGAUGGGGAUGACGGUAAUGAAAGGGACGAUGAUGGCGUGGGUUUGGCGCUUAGUCGUCGGGAAAAUGCUGAUGUUGAUGAUGGAGAGGACCUUGCAGAGAUGCUGGAGGCUCACCGUAACGUUGCGUCUAAGAAGCGGAGGCGUGAAGAGGCUUGGUUGGAGCGAGUGACGUCGGCAGCAGGUACUAAAGGACCAAACCGAAGGUCCUUUGUGAGCAGAAGGCGGUAA